CCACUUUCUGCGACCGCAAAUGCUCAAUUAACCACAGACACUGCGCUUUUUGACAUUGAUACCCGAGACUUUGCUUACACGUAUUCUAAUCAGUAUGUAUCUGGAUGCUAAAGCAGAUAUUCUCCCUGCUAACAACGGACUCCAGGCUCCCACUCCACCGCGUGCUCGACACUUGCCUUACGUAGCAGCUCCAUCAUCAAUCGACCACGGUAAACGAUACAACCCUUCGCUGCCAGGAUUACCCCCAGUGACACUACUUCGUAUCACGAAUCACUUGCUGCAACCAAUACGAAAGCCUCUCCAGGCGCAUCCUUACUCCGAAACCUUACACAUACACCUAGCAGAUCAGCAAAGAUGAGCCAGACGCCGUCAACCCCAGUGAAGGUGCCACCUUCGGCCGCGAACCACUCAGCUGCCACUCUAGACCCAGAGCUGAGAUCACAAAUCAACACAUUACUGCUUAAGGACGGUCAUGUCACAAAAAUCCAGGAACAGCUCCUCCACUCCCUCCACGCAAACCAAGCAAACUGGCCCACGCUGAUCCAGAACCACGCCCUCAACCUCCUCCGCACAGGCGAAGUCUCAACCUUCCCAGACCUCCUCCGCCGCGUCCUCGACGACGUCCGCCAGGACACCCUCGACCCCUCAGCCCCCUCUAUAUCCCCCUCAACAGCAAAAACAAACGGCGCAGCCUCGGAGAAGGAUAAGGACAAGGAUAAGAAGACCAACGGCACCGCCUCCUCUACGCCGGCGCCCGGCGGCGCAGACUCUAGUGCCCAGCCGAACCUGGCCAUCCCUUCCGCUGUCAUUGACGAGGCCAUCAAAGUCACACAAGAAAGCCUGGAGGCUGUCUGCGAGAUUGAUAGUACCAGCUGAAGAUGAGGUGUGAGCUUGGGAGAUGGGGCUGGGCAGAGAAGACGGUGUUACCACGGCAAUUACGACGGACGGGGAAGAAGGCUAUGGCAGCAGGCCUUUGGGAGAAGAUGGUCAUGAAAGGUGGCCGACGAUGAGCACCGCCAGAGGUUGGGAGGUGACGCCUCUGCGAUGUUCACAAGACGUUUCGCACAGCUUUGAGAUGCUUAUGGAGC